UUUAAAAAUGUUAUAGAAAUAUUCAAAACUAACGAAUAUGAACAAGUAAGCACCUCAGUCGAUACCAUUACAAGCAAAAUUCCCCUUAAUUCCAUCUACUUCAAUCUCCUAAAAUCUCAAAACAGCUGUCAAAAUCCUCUAUUCAACUUCCAGAUCUCUCUCAAAAAUCUAUAACCCCAAAAAUCAUUCUAAAUUCUACAAUAAAUCCAAUAAAUUUCCAAUUUAGCUCUAUAACUCGUUAUUCAUCUUUAAAAACCCCAGAUUGUCAUCUAAAUCUUAUAUUUAAAGAUUCCUACUUAUCAAAUGUAAUAACCUUGAUUUAGCAAGAAGAAACCCAAACAAAGGCCAAGUGCAGCCCAGAGAUACCCUCUCCAAAAAAUCUCUCUAAACAUAGACUAUGUCCACCAGCACUCAAAACUCAAAUAAGCCACAUUUAAAAAUCCUGGCUAAACCACGUUUCAAGAGAAACGCCCAAGGCUCGAACUUAAAAUCCAGAAAUCUGAACUUUAAAGCUGGAAAUUCAAUUGAAAUCUUAAAACCGUUCAAACCAUUUUCCUUAUAAAUUGAGAGAAAGAGCAGCUAAGGUGCUAUGCUCCAGUUGUAAGGAUUCCUCAGAAAUGAGACUCCAACAGGAAUUUUACUGAAGGCAUAUCUGAGAAGUCUAUCCUAGCUUCUCACAAGCAUUCUACCCACGAAGCCCCUUUAGGGGCUUCGUGGGUGAAGAGCGAGGAGAACAUGAAGAGUCUGUUCACAAAUAGGCUUUUACAGAACACCUUUGAUUUAAAAAACGAACCAAGACCGCUGGUGGCAAAUCUGAACUUGAAAAUUCCUUCUAUCCCAACAUUAACCACCUCUCAAACUGCAGAGGGAUGUCUCUUUUCUAGAAAAGUUAUCAUGACCGAAUCGGAGUCUCAAGAUAACAUUGAAUGCCCUAGUCCUUAUGAUACUUUCUGUAGGAAGAACACCACCCAGCAAGACCUCUUUGAAAGUGUCUACAAGCUCCGAGGCAAGUUCCAUAAAAAGAAUACCUUAAUGAGCUCGAGGAUAAAACACAGAACCAGGAAUCUUAAAGGAAUCACAAAAGCUAGAACAACAGUCGAUCCUUUACUUGGGAAUAAUAUUGCUUCCUUAAAACCAACAACAAGGACCCUUGCCAAUGUCAGUAUUGUGGAUAUGAACACAACUCCUCGUGAAAUGAUAGGUAAAACACCUCCAAAGAACAUAAAAACCUGGGUCAGAAAGCUAUCUUGUAGAGGCCCAUCAAAAACACUUGCAUUACAAAAGGUACAGAUAAAGAAGACAGCUAGAAUGGGACUGAAAAGUAGGAGGCAUCCCAAACUUAGGAUUUAUAAUUCGAAGUAAGAUUACUGAA